AUGCUCACUCACACACAAAAAUUCGUUCUUCCCGUAAGUCCAUUUUUAUUGAUUUUUCAUUCAGUUUUCAUGGAUAACCAAUAUCCGAUCUCUUGAACGUUCCGAUCCGUGCGCCUGAUCACGGGCUCUAAAUUUUUUCUCCAAAUGCUUCGAAAUGUAACCAAAAAUUAGAGCAUGCGUCUUUCGUACAGAAAAAUGAGCUGAAACGUCUUCUUGCAGACAAUGCCGUUCCGUCGAGAGAUUCCGAGCGGUCUGCCGGUCGGAUCCUCAGUCGUUUUGACCGGAAAACCGUACGAAGACGCGAAGAAAAGCGUCGAGCUCACGCUGAGCACUAACAAUAACGACAUUGCGCUGAGAGUGGAACUCAUUCUCGGACAGCCGUCAAGGGUACGCUUUUCAGUUGCGAAACCACCAAAUUCCAUUGUUUCUUGAAGCUGAAAAUCGACUGCACGGUGAGCCAGAAGACGUCGCCGCCGGUCGAGAACCUCGUCAUCAGUCCGUACAACCAGGACGCGAAACUCAGAAUUAAGGCCAUGCAGCAUUCCUUUCAGGUUUUUCCGGAAUCGGCAACAAAAAUGAAAUAGUUGAAAUUCUCUUCAGAUUCUGUUCAAUGAGACCAAAAUCGCCGACUUUGUCCAUCGCGUCGAUCCGAAUCUGAUCAAAUUGGUAGAACGUUUCCUCUUACGUUUUUCUUUUCCACCGACAACUUCCAGAUCUGCAUCAAAGGACCGUUCAUCACCAGCGAAGUUAUCAUUGAGCCGGCAGGCGUUGGUACGUUUCUGUUUGUCAACGAAACACCUAAAUACAACGUUUCGUUCUUUCAGCCGCUCUGCCGAGCUACGAACAAGCCACUUCUCCGCCCGUGGAUCUCAUGAACAACCUGAACCUCGGAGCGCCGAAAGUUCCCCUCACCGACCUCCGAGACGACCUGCCGCCUCCGCCCGCAAGUGUACUCCAUCCGACGACUGUAGCUUCGCAAGUUCCGAUUGGAGCUGGCGUUUCUGCUCCUCCAGCAGCAUCGGUAAGGCACAGAGAUGGGCGCGGUGUGGUCGAAUGCAACUUUUCUCUCGAAAUUUUCGAGGGAAAAGUUGCAGUACGCAGUUUGUCGUCAGAUGUGGCGCCUUCUAACUGUCAUGCACUCUCUCACUCUCUCGCCGAACUGCCGAAUCGGAAUAACAAGCAGAUUUCAAGGGGAAAAUGCCAGAAAAUGUUUGCCUCACGGACUGUGAACACUUUGUAUCUUCCAGGGCCCCUCCACCGCCUCCUCUUCGUUCUUUUACACCGGCAACUCGCAGGGAUUCUCGGCGCAUCCCUAUCCAUUGCCCGGUCUGAUCGACAAUAACACCUACGCAUCCCAGCAGAACCCGGCGGGACCGCUUCCGGCUCAAACGGUCCCAUCUGCGCCGCCAGUGGCUCCAGUGGCUCCAGUGGCCACAGGCGCCUUCGUCUCCACCACCGUCUCGCAUCCGCCCUCCAACUCCAGCAUCUACGCCGACACCCCGAUCACCAGCCCUUCCGUACCGUAUACCGUGGUCAGUCACUUCUACAGUAGCCCGAGAAAUCUACCAUAACCGUACUCCUUCUAGACGUAUCCUCAGAGCGGCGCUCCGACUCCAGCGGCUCCUCCUCUUCAACGAGCGCCAGUCUAUCAGAAUCAGAUGCAAAUGCCGAUGGCCAUGGCCGGGGGAUAUUAUCCAUCACCGCCACCGCCACCUCAGAUGGCAGCACAACAGGUAAGGGUUACUGUACUUUCGGCUUUCUACCCUAACCAUUUCUCCAGGUCCCCAUUCCUUCAACAGCCAUGGUCCCAGCCGGUCAGGCCUAUCCACAGAUGACCGUACCUCCGGCGUACAUGUACCCGGCCGCCGCUCCUCUCGUGCAACCGAUCCAACCGUAUCCCGUCUACCAGCAAUACCGUAAUUUCGUAAUUUUGGCGAGCAUUUUCUAACCGUGCAUUUUCAGCUGGCUACUAUCCGGAAGUGGUCUACUAUGACGGCGGACAUCAUCAUCAUCAUCACCGCCAUCACUUCUUCGGACACCACCAUCACCAUUGCGACUAA